AUGGACUACAAUAAACCCCUCGACCUGCUUCACAGGGCAGAAGAAGCGGAAUGGGUUCAUAAGGUAAAUAUGGCUCGGGUUGACGGCCGUCUUUGCGACUGGGCUACAAGCCUCCACCCUGAAAAGCUCCCCUGUCGUCUUGACGGUGGCUUUCUCAAUGGGUCGUAUAACCUUGUCCAAAAACUUAUUUUUGACGACGGGAAAGUUUGGUUUCUCCGCUUGCCUCGCGCAAGCAGCAUUUCACCGGAACAUGCAGACGAGAAAAUGGCGAUGGAAGUUGAGGCUCUUCACCUCGUCCGGAAAGAAACCUUAAUACCCGUCCCAAAGGUCUUCGCUUGGGGCCUUGCUCAAGAGAACCCUUUAGGUCUAGGUCCUUUCAUCUUCAUGGAUUUCAUCGAUGGUGUCUGCCUGAAUACCAUUUUUGGAGGAAAGGAUUCGAGAUUGCUGAAAGAAGAUAUUUCCGAUACUGAUAUCGAGUUCAUCUAG